AUGGGCAGAAAGUGCUCACAUUGUGGAAACAUAGGACACAAUACAAGGACUUGCACCACUUAUAGAGGUACUGUUUUUGGUGGACUUAGGCUCUUUGGAGUGCGACUUGACAUAUCUUCUUCAUCUUCUGUUCCCAUGAAGAAAAGUCUCAGCAUGGAUUGUUUGCCUUCACCAAUAACCUCCUCACCUUCUCCAUCAUCUUCACUGUCUUCAUCUCGAGUUUCCAUCAAUGAUUCUGAUAAGACAUCUAUGGGUUCUCUCUCAGAUGGUCUCUUUGCUCAAGUCCACGAGAGGAAGAAGGGAGCCCCAUGGACAGAAGAGGAACACCGGACAUUUCUAAUUGGGCUUGAGAAGCUGGGAAAGGGUGACUGGAGGGGAAUCUCGAAAAACUUUGUGAUUUCAAGGACUCCAACCCAAGUUGCAAGUCAUGCUCAGAAGUAUUUUCUCCGGCAGGCUGGUCUCAACAAGAAGCAUAGGCGUUCCAGCCUCUUUGACAGGGUUGAGAAUAGCAAUCAAACAAACAAUGCCAACACGAUACGACCAUUCUUUACAAAAUCCAACAGUGAAGAAAGUGAGUUCUCUCACCUGGUUCCCCUCCAUUCUGAGAUGAAAUCUCCAUUAGCAGCACUGCAAAUGAAGUCAAGUUCUCUGAAUGCAGCACUUGAUCUAGAGCUCACUCUAGGUGCUUCAAGUUCAAGGCCAAUGAAUCGAAGUAAAUCUUCCCCCAGUUCCCUGCUAAUUGGGCCUAUAUUACAAGAGAAAACGUAAAAUUACCAUUUUAAGAUUACUCCAAGCUCAAACGUAUAAAGUAAGAAGAGGCAGUGAUAGAAGGGCUAAAAUCAUUCAGGGAUGCUGCAUUAUGCUGGAAUUUAGAUCAAAAGACCCUUCAGGAAGUUGGUACCCAGGAAAAAGGGAACCAAAUGAUAGGGAAUAAGGAGGCAGAGGAUCUGUAUUAAUCUGGCUUAAUCCGGCAUUCAAUAGUGGUUUGUAUCCUGCUAACAGUUAAAGGGCGGGUUUUAGUACAAUAGUUAAAUUGCUCUAAUAUGAUCCAUCACAAAAAUAGUCUCUCCGCAAACAAAUAAUGUUUGUGCAUCAAACUCUCCUUAGACCCAUUAUUGAGAAGAGCCAUAUGCAGCUGACUACAUGUGAUCUAACCCUCCCUCGACACGGCAACCUUGUGUAGUAGACUGUCUUUUGUUCAUACCAGCUCACUAAUGUUCAGCAACAUCUUAAAGAGUAAGAUACUCAGAUGUUUGGCUUUUUACGUUCUUUUUCCUUUGACAUGUCCAUGCCUCUGCUUGACUCAAACACUUGCAGCGACUGUGAUUGUUAAAAACAAGACUACAACUGAGUUCAUCCAUGAGGAAGCACAGACAAUGAGUGUAACUAAUAAUGGAUCUAUGUGCACAGAUAUAGACAAGAGAAAGCAUUAAUUGCCAACAAUGGACCACUCAUGUCCUAGUGUCUAUUCUAAAGGACAAAUUAUGGUGCCAAAAGUUAUUUUUUCAUAUGAUAUUCAUAUUAUUUUUGUGGGUACCGUAGUCUUACCCCUAUUCUAAAACCCGAGAGAGAACAUAUGAUUGAGCUAGGCUUAAAGCAAGCAAGCGUCACUCAGUACAAGUAGUUCAUCGCUUGCAACUAGCCAUGUCUUUUAUGGUUUGCCACUGAUGGAUUGAGAAUUGAGGCCUUGGGGACAUAACUAAUGUUAACUGGAUCGUGGGUUGUUUUGGUGCGUAGUACAGGUACGGGUACAUGAUACGACAUAUUCUUAGGUACGUGUUAUGAUGGAGAUAGGUUUAGCUGAUAUGGUAUUUUGGAUU